AGUACAAUCUUUAAAUCAAAUCAUUAAACAUUAUGUCGCGGUUUCGAAACCUAAUGCUGCCACUGGCCACGCUGCUGGUGCUGGGCAUGCACGAUGCCGUUAAUGCCAACUACAAUACGAACAUGUUCCUCAAUGGCCAAUACCAGAAUGAGAUCAAAGAGCAGCCCGAAACACAUUACUCCGUGAAUCCCGCAUCGAAUGUCUUCCUCCACCACGCGGUCAUCAGUCGACAGGCAUCGCCAUUCCAGGCGCCGACAUAUCUGCCUCCGCUGGAGCAACUCAAAUGCGGCAAUGGACAGCAGUGUGUGCGCCAGGAUCAGUGCAUCAAUGGCUACUACAGUCAGCAGCUGCCAAAGAUUCAGAACUGCAGUCCCGAGUCGAACAUUUGCUGCACCUACCGUCCAGCACCGACGACAACGACAACCAGAAGAACGACGACAACAACCACACCUACACCAUUUGCCACCUGUCCACGUGACUCCGAUUGUGUGGCUCCACAAGAUUGUCGCAAUGGCGAAAUCAGCGCCAUCAACUAUGUGAAAAAGCAAGGGUCCAAUCGCUGCUAUGCCCCCGAGGUCUGCUGCCGCAUGCCAUCGACCACGCUGACCGAGGAUGGCUACAUCUUCAACCUGCCCGACAAGACCUUCCCGCUGCCCACCAACCCCACCGUGCCCGCCGUGCGCACCACCCAGCCCGCCUACCGCCCACAACCCACCACAGCAGCGCCCGCUCCCCGCCCCACCAACGAGUAUCUGCCACCGACGACCACACGUCGCCCUUCGGUCGAUUAUCUGCCACCCCAGACCACACGUCGUCCCACCUAUCAGCCACAGCCGACGCAGACGCGCGCCACUCUGCCACCACGCCCACAGACGACACAGCCACCCUACCGCCCACAGCCGACGCAGCCAGCGCCAACACAGCCCGCCUACCGUCCACAGCCCACGCUACCCACACGUCGCCCCACCAACGAGUAUCUGCCUCCAGUGUCCUCUAACGAGAUUCCCCAUCGCGAGCCACGUCCCACGCAGCCACCACGCUACGAGCCCGACCGUGUGCAACAACCCUCGAAUGAGAAGCCCGUCUAUCGCGGCGAGGAUCAACUGUCGCCCCAGAUCUUCCCCACUCCCCAGGCUGUAGAGGUGCCCAAGCAUUUCGCCAAGUGCGCUUCCGCUUUGGUCUGCACCCCGGAGAACUAUUGCAAUGCCAUCGGUGUGCUAAGCGAGACGCCACUGCAGCUGAGCGCCAUGGAAGCUGCGUUCCGUGUGCCACUCACCGAUUGUCUGGUGCCCGAGAGCGGUGCUCCCGGCAAGUGCUGUCGCGAUCCCAACUACGUUGAUCCCUGGCCCGUCAAUCUCGCUGGAGUCUGUGCCACACGCAACAGGCGUACCAAGCCUACGGGUGUGAAGGACAUUGAUGCCAACUUUGCUGAGAUCCCUUGGCAAGCAAUGAUUCUGCGUGAGUCGAGCAAGUCGCUGCUCUGCGGCGGUGCCAUCAUUGGCGAUGAAUUCGUGCUGACCUCCGCCAGCUGUGUGCAAGGCGUGCCAGUUAACGAUGUGCGUAUCAAGGCCGGCGAAUGGGAGUUGGGCAGCACCAACGAACCUUUGCCCUUCCAGCUGUCGGGUGCCAAGACCAUCGAGGUGCAUCCCUCAUAUGAUCCAUCGAGCAACUCCAAUGAUAUGGCCAUCAUCCGUCUGGACAAACGUUUCGAGUUCGCCACCCAUGUGCAGCCCAUCUGCAUCAGCGACGAGGAUCCAGGAGCAUCCGAGCACUGUGUCACCACCGGCUGGGGCAAGCAAGCGCUGUCAAUCCAUGAGGAGGGCGCCAUCAUGCAUGUGACUGAGACGUCGACGCAAGCGCGCAGCAAUUGCGGAGCCGAUGGCACUGGAGUCUGCAGCGCCACCAAGUUCGAUGCCUGCGAAUUUGAUGUGGGCAGCGCGUUGGCUUGCGGCAGCGGUUCCAAUGUGAAGCUCAAGGGCAUCUACAGCGCAGAGUCCAACUGCGGCGAGAAUCAAUCAGUGCGCUUCUCCAAGCCCGAUAUCAAAUGGAUUAACCAACAGUUUGCCGAUCGCAGCAAGCCGCUGCUGCUCAAGCGUUUCUAGAGCGUAACCAACGUAAUAAGCAGACAAUGAAGAUUAGGAUGAACGAAAGAAUGACGCUGCGGAAAUCCAUGAAGCGACAGCUCAACUGUUGCGCACACGUUUUUAUUAGUUGAACUAUUUUUAAUUUAGCCAACUUUUGCACACUGCUGUUGAAAAGUCUUCCACCACCAAACCCCACCCCACCACAACCACCUCAACACACACUACCACACUCACACACUCAACACACAUCACGCACAUACAAUACUAUAUAAACUAUGAUCAUAAUCAUUGACAGUCCCCACUUUCUAAUUUAUUCAAAAACAAGCUCUGCCCCCGUUUAGACUUCUCUCACUCCACACUUGUUUAUUUUGUUUGCCAACUGCCAGCAAAUUUCAAUUCUAUUUUUUGUUUCUAUAAAUAUCUAAUAAUGUAGUUCAAAUAAGCGUCAACAAUUUUCCACUGUUGUAUUUCGAAUGCUCACUGAAGUCCAGCAAAGUUGUAAAAUAUUUAAUUUUAAGUCUUAGUUUCUACGGACAAGCCUCGAUAUAAAAUGCCAAUAAUACACGGAUGAACGACAACAAUAACAACAAAUCCAGAAUACCCCGAAAAUAUCCCUCCACAUAUAAGAAAUUGAGAUUAUAAAAGUAUAGAAUUUUUUGUCGAUUUUUUCUACUACAUUUACUUACUACUCGUACCUAGGCUUAAGAAUCUCUCCCUUAGCCGUGCACCCUUCACAAACACCCACACCCACACACCGUAUCCCUGAAUCGAUCCCGAGAUUUACAGUUAUUUAAAAACAAAAACAAAGCUUUUUCCUAUAUCGUAAAUCUCUAAAUCGUAAAUAUAUAUAAAAUAUGUAUAUGUUAAACAUGUUGUAUAAAGUGUCUAUGCAUCUAAAUUUAGCUUCUUAUUUAAUUUUUAAAUAAAGAGAAAUUAUUUAGAAUAUA